AUGGUGCGUAAAUUAAAAUUCCAUGAACAAAAACUUUUAAAAAAGGUAGAUUUUAUAUCAUGGAAAAUAGAUAACAAUCUUAAUGAAGUCAAGGUAAUGAAAAAAUAUCACAUCCAAAAGAGGGAGGAUUAUACUAAGUACAACAAAUUGUCAAGAGAAAUUAGGGAUCUGGCAAAUAAAAUAAAAGAUGUUGAUGCAAAUAUGGAAUUUCGAACAGAGUCCAGUGCUCAAUUAUUAGAAAAACUAUAUCAAAUGGGUUUAAUACCAACUCGAUGGGAUUUAGCACUUGCACUUAAUGUAUCCGCUAGUUCUUUUUGUAGAAGAAGAUUACCCGUUGUUAUGGUUAGAAGUAAAAUGUCACAGUCUAUUAAGGAUGCCACAAAAUACAUAGAACAAGGACAUGUUAGAGUUGGACCAGAAGUAGUAAAGGAUCCUGCAUUUCUUGUCAAUCGAUCAUUAGAAGACUUUGUCACAUGGGUAGAUGGGUCUGCUAUCAAGAAACAUGUUAUGGAAUAUAAUGAAAUGAGAGAUGAUUUUGAAAUGGUGUAG